CACUCAUUAAAAUAUGAUGGUUGCAAGUUGUAUAUAGAGUGAUAUUAGAGGUAUGAUUAAGAAACAGAAUCAUACAUAUACAAACCAGACAAUAUAACUAAGUGAUGGGUGUUGUCUUUGUUGCUAAUGCUACGAUCAUUGUGAGCAUCUGCAUAUUGUUGAGCAGUAAUGUAAUUGCAUCUAAUGUUUCAGAUUCGAACAGAGAAAUGAAGGCGUUGAUGAAUUUUGGAUGGCCUUAUAUCAACUCCACUGCUCCUCACUGCCAUUGGAUAGGCCUCACUUGUGAUGAUCGUGGCCGCGUUGCAGAGUUAAGCCUUGAAUCUCGAGUAAGAUGCAAUGCGAGUGAAGCUUGGUGUCACGAUGUUGGCUAUUUGGAUCCGCUUGUUUUCACAUCACUCACUAGCAUUCAUCUCACCUCAUGUGGUCUCUAUGGAUUUAUCCCAGAAGAAAUAGGUUCCCUCUCCAACCUAUCUUAUCUCAAUUUGUCGAAUAAUCAACUCAAUUCCCAACUGCCUCUUUCAUUGGCAAAUCUGAGUGAGUUGCGCGUUCUUGACAUUUCUGAUAACCGUUUCAUUUAUGGUGCCAUUCCACCUAACAUAGGAAGCUUAUCCAAACUUACUCAUCUCUAUUUGUCACACAAUCUACUCCAAAGUGGUCUGCCUCUUUCACUAUCAAAUCUUUCUAACUUAGAGGUGCUUCUCAUUUCUUCUAAUAGCAUUUCCGGUGGCAUUCCUUCUGGAAUAGGGUACCUCCUUCAUUUGAUGGUUCUUGAUUUGUCCAAUAAUCAACUCAAUUCCCGAUUGCCUCUUUCACUGGAAAAUCUCACUAACUUAGAGGUUCUUGACAUUUCUCAUAACUAUGACAUUUAUGGUGUCAUUCCACCUGAAAUAGGUAGCUUAUCCAAACUUACUCGUCUCGAUUUGUCAUCCAAUCGACUCCAAAGUGAUCUGCCUCUUUCACUGCCAAAUCUCACUAACUUAGAGGUUCUUGACAUAUCUAAUAACCAUGGCAUUUAUGGGGUCAUUCCACAUAACAUAGGAAGUUUAUCCAAACUAACUCAUCUCGACUUGUCAUACAAUUCACUCAAAAGUGAGCUGCCACUUUCACUAUCAAAUCUCACUAACUUAGAGGUGCUUCUCAUUUCUUCUAAUAGCCUUUUCGGUGCCAUUCCUUCUAGAAUAGGGUACCUUUCGCAUUUGAAUGCUCUUGAUUUGAGCUUCAAUGACAUCAAUUGCUAUCUGCCUGCAACUAUGACCCAAUUAACAAUAUUGGAAUUCUUGAAAUUGGAUAGCAAUAGGUUGGAAGGUGUUUUUGAAGCAGGAAUACACAUGCUUCCUCGUAUCAAAACCAUAGGCCUCAGUGCGUGUUCAAUCGGAGGAAGGAUACCUUCUCAGUUGGGAAAUGUUGGUAAUGCACAGUUUCUCAAUAUCGAUCUUUCUAGGAACCAACUUAUUGGUGAAGUCCCUGAAUCUAUUUCAAGUCUUGAGAGAAUCGAUUUGUCCUACAAUAAUUUAGAAGGUGAGAUUCCAGCCAACUUAUGGCGUAAGUUUGGGAUCGAAUCGUUCCACGGAAACACCAAUUUACAUCCUCCGGAGGAAUUUUCCUCCAGGAUUACUGUGGAAAUGAUUUAUUAUCUAAUCUUUGUGUUUUUUAUAUUAUGUGGGAUCUAUUUCAUCUUCUUCACAAGGGAUAGGAAAGGUGCCUCCUCCUCAGUGACACCUCAUCCCAAACAUGGAGAUAUAUUCAAGAUUUGGAACUUCGAUGGCAACAUGGCAUAUCAAGACAUCAUUGAAGCAACACAAGACUUUGACUUGAGAUACUGCAUUGGAACUGGAGCAUAUGGAAGCGUCUAUAGAGCUCUACUGCCCACUGGAAGAGUUGUUGCCGUGAAAAAACUUCACAGAUUUGAAGAAGAUAAUCCUACCUUCGAAUCAUCUUUUAGGAAUGAAGCACAGGUUCUCUCUCAAAUUCGCCAUCGCCAUAUUGUCAAGCUUUUUGGCUUUUGUCUGCACCAACGGAGCAUGUUUCUCAUCUACGACUACAUGGAAAGAGGAAGCCUCUUUAGUGUGUUGAGGGAUGAAGACGAAGCUGUGGAGCUAAACUGGAAGAAGAGGGUAAAUGUGGUGAAGGGCAUUGCCAAUGCCCUAUCUUACAUGCAUCACGAUUGCAGCCCUCCUAUUCUACACAGAGACAUAUCGAGCAGCAACAUACUCUUGGAUUCAGAAUUUCAAGGUUGUUUAUCUGAUUUUGGGACGGCUAGAUUGUUGGAUCCAGAUUCAUCCAAUCAAACAAUACUCGUGGGAACUCGGGGCUACAUUGCACCAGAGUUGGCCUUCACUAUGGUGGUUACAGAAAAAUGUGAUGUGUACAGCUUCGGAGUGUUGGCAUUGGAAGUCAUGUUUGGAGAUCAUCCGGGGGAUUUCGUUUCCUCCAUGAUGACGACGAAGAGAUCCACACAGUUUGCUCAAAACUUGAUGGUGCAACAACUCUUGGACAAGAGGCUACCAUCUCUAGAGGAAGAUGUAAGAAUGUCGAGGGAAGUGAUUGCAGUGGUCAAAACAGCUCUGAAAUGCAUAAGCUGUGAUCCAAAGUCACGGCCGUAUAUGAAGGAGGUGUCUCACGAACUCGCUAAGCACCCACCGCGGUUGACAAUGCCAUUCCGCUCCGUAUCUGUGCUACAUCUCAUGCAUUCAGAUUGAACUCACAGCUGUCUUAUUCCCUAUAAUAAAUUUACACAUGCUCAGUAGCCAUAUGAAAAUACCUCUGUUUUCCUCUGUUUCCUUAGUCUUUUCCUUCUUCGUGAACAAUGCUGUGAUAUUUUCUAUAAUCAUCAUCAAAUGUAUGUUGGUAUAAUAUAUUAUUGGGACUCUUUACAUAAUUUAUGUGA